AUGGACUGGCUCCAGACACUCAAUCAGGCCGUCAUGGGCAACCGCCCUGAUGAGGCUGACAGCCCCAUCACACUGGACUAUGGUGACCUCUCUGGUACAACAGCUGCCUACCACGACCGAAAUGACCCAUUUUCAAAUGAUGGGUACGAAGAGCGUCAGAGGGGAAGAUCUGUAUGCCAGUUCAUGCGUCAAAAGAGCAAAAAACCGUUUGGGCAAUGUACAAGGUUUGGCCAGGAUAUGGGUCUGCCUCCUGAGGCUCCGAUAAUCAACAAUUCCCUGCCCAUGACACUUGAUGGAGCCAACAGUUUUGAAGAGAGCAUAUCUUUCAUGAGAAAGGACGACGAGCGAGAGACAGCUAGUCCUCAUCACGUGAACCUAGCAAUGCUACAGCUGAGUCCUACGGUGGACGCCUUCUCUUACCAAUUUCAGACCGACUUCCAGAUGGACGGCUUCAAAUAUUCUGAUCCCAUGCACAAAGAUAUAAACCAGGUGCACAGGAAUCAGAAUCUGUGCGAAGUCUGCGGCAAUCCAUUCAGUCGAUCCGAUGCCCUUGGCCGACACCAGGAUAUACACAAAGAAAAACGUCAGCGAUAUGAGUGCACGGGGUGCGGGCGGUCAUUCACGCGGAGGGAUACCCUCAAGAGGCACAAGCGCAAGCAUUGUCAUGGUCCUGGUGGCGGAAAUCAAGGUUAAGCGUCAGGGGGAUUUAUUGGAGAUGAGGUUGUAUAGACAACAUGGCACCUGCUCUCUUGUUAGCCGCAGGCAGUGCCUGGAAUAUAUUUAUCCCCGCACUUGCGGGAGCUGUUGCCCUGCC